AUGACGAACUGCGACUCACUGAAUUCUUCAGCUCUUAUCCUUGUCGGCGGCUUCGGCACCCGUCUGCGCCCGUUAACCCUUACCCUCCCUAAACCUCUGGUUGAAUUCGCCAAUCGGCCCAUGAUCCUACAUCAGAUCGAAGCAUUAGCAGCAGCUGGCGCAACAGAUAUCGUACUCGCAGUCAACUACCGCCCUGAUGUCAUGACCGCCGCCCUCAAGAGAUAUGAGCAGAAGUAUGGUGUCAACAUCACCUUUUCAGUCGAGACCGAACCACUAGGUACGGCUGGUCCCUUGAAACUGGCCGAGAAGAUCCUAGGCAAAGACAACUCCCCUUUCUUCGUCCUGAACAGCGAUGUCAUAUGUGAUUUUCCUUUCACCGAAUUAGCCGAGUUCCACAAAUCCCACGGCCAAGAGGGGACAAUCGUCGUCACCAAAGUGGAGGAACCAAGCAAGUAUGGCGUGGUGGUGCACAAACCCUCCCAUCCCAGCAGGAUCGACCGCUUCGUCGAAAAACCUGUCGAAUUCGUCGGAAAUCGAAUCAAUGCCGGCAUCUACAUCCUGAACCCCUCCGUCUUGAAAAGGAUAGAUUUGAGACCGACAUCCAUCGAACAAGAGACGUUCCCAGCGAUAUGUAAGGACGGUGAAUUACACUCUUUUGACCUCGACGGAUUCUGGAUGGACGUUGGACAACCCAAAGACUUCCUGAGCGGAACAUGUUUAUACCUCGGCUCACUAGCGAAGCGCAGCAGCAAGCAGCUUACACCUGCAUCGCUACCUUACGUCCACGGCGGGAAUGUCCUUAUUGACCCGUCAGCGAAGAUCGGAAAGAACUGCCGCAUUGGCCCGAAUGUUACGAUUGGCCCAAAUGUCGUCAUCGGAGAUGGUGUACGAUUGCAGAGGUGUGUUCUGUUGGAGAACAGCAAAGUCAAGGAUCACGCAUGGGUCAAGAGUACGAUAGUAGGUUGGAACAGCUCGGUAGGGAAGUGGGCUCGAUUGGAGAAUGUCACAGUGCUGGGAGAUGAUGUUACGAUUGGUGAUGAGGUUUAUGUGAAUGGUGGAAGUAUUCUGCCGCAUAAGACCAUCAAGCAGAACGUUGAUGUUCCGGCGAUCAUAAUGUGA